AAUAAACGAUCUAGUAUUUAUUAUUAGUGACGUUUCCUACAUUUUGUUAUAUUUAUUGAGGUUAAGAAUAAAGAUAAUUUGUUGUUAAUUUAUAAACCACAAACCCAGGCCCAACCCGAAUUCUCACAGUUGGGUUUUCAAUCCCCACACGAAACCCAAAUAAAAAUCUAGUUUCCAUUUUCUUUUAUCUUCACCCCUCCCUCACCUACUCCGUCGCACUCGUCGGCGUUAUACGGAUAAGCCACCGUCACCGUCACCUUCACCGUCGCUUACUGAACUACAACAUAACAUAUCCUUAAUUAAUUUCAAUGGCGCAAUCGUGCGUUCCGUCGCUCAGAUUCAACGCUCUCGCCUUCUCUUCCACAAAAAACCCUAACUCCAUUUCCGAACCCAACUUUCACCCCCUCCGUUCCAGGAAUGUUAGUAAAUUGAGAAGCAAUCAGAAAACCGUUCGGACUUCUUCGGUGAAAGCUGUAUAUUCCGGUGAUUAUCCAUCACUAGACAAGAAUUCAAGGCAGGGAAUAUGGUCCAUUAGGGAGGAUGUACAAGUUCCAUCAUCGCCCUACUUCCCGACAUAUGCACAAGGUCAAGGGCCACCUCCGAUGAUGCAAGAACGGUUCCAGAGUGUUAUCAGUCAACUCUUUCAAUACAGAAUCAUACGUUGUGGUGGUGCGGUUGAUGAUGACAUGGCAAACAUUAUCGUUGCUCAGCUUCUAUAUCUUGAUGCUGUUGAUCCUAACAAGGAUAUUGUGAUGUAUGUAAACUCUCCUGGUGGUUCUGUCACUGCUGGUAUGGCCAUUUUUGACACCAUGAAGCAUAUCCGCCCCGAUGUUUCCACUGUAUGCGUUGGACUUGCUGCAAGUAUGGGUGCUUUCCUGCUUGGUGCCGGCACAAAAGGAAAAAGAUAUAGUCUUCCAAAUUCAAGGAUAAUGAUUCAUCAACCUCUUGGAGGCGCACAAGGUGGACAAACUGAUUUGGAUAUUCAGGCUAAUGAAAUGUUGCAUCACAAGGCGAAUUUGAAUGGGUAUCUGGCAUACCACACGGGUCAAAGUCUUGACCGAAUUAACCAAGACACGGACCGUGAUUACUUCAUGAGUGCCAAAGAAGCUAAAGAAUAUGGGCUUAUAGAUGGUGUCAUUAUGAAUCCACUUAAAGCUCUCCAACCACUGGCAGCCGCUUAAGUAAGCAUCAGUUAUAAUUUUGAAUUGUGUAAACCAAUGUUAUUUGCUUCACAUAAGUAGUGUCUUCAUAAUGCUGUGUCAAGCUGGAUAUACUGUCGAAUUAUGUGAACCAUAUGAAGAGUAAUGUUUUUCGUUGUAGUGUAAUAUUUUUCUCCAUUGCUUGUAACGAUGGAUGUUCAAUUUAAAACCAAUUUUAAGUAGAUAA